AUGGUCCUCGAAGCCAAAGCGGAUGGCAGCUUCGACGUCGACGCCGCCGGCGACGACUGGGAGGCGCUCAAGGCCGAGGGCAAUGGCCUCUUUGCCCAGAAGGACUACGUCGCGGCCAUCGACGUCUACGCGCGCGCGCUCGCUGCGGCGCCGACGGACCAGCAGCACCUCGUACUUGGCAAUCGGUCGUCGUGCUUUUUUCAGCUGCAGCGGUACAGUGACGCGCUCGCCGAUGCCAACGCGGCGCUCGCGCUGCAGCCGCAGUGGGAGAAAGGACGCGCGCGCAAGCAGUGCAUUCUCAAGGCCAUGGCGGCGGCGAAGGCGGCGAAGGUAACGACGACCGCCAACGCGCUGCGCGGCCUGUACGUCGAGAAGGACCCGGUCGUGCCCGACGAAGACGCGACCAAGCCGGCGCAGAUGCUGUGGCGCCGCUUGAAGCAGUCGCUGGCGUCGCAGCACCAGGGCUGCCUCGACGGCAUCUUUGCCAAGUUAAGCAACGAACGCGACUUCGUGCAGCUGGUCUACCCCGGCAUCUCGGCUGAGGACAUUCAGCGCCAGCAGUUGCCGCGGUCCUUGCGUCAGCUCCUUUCCGAUGCGGCCACGUACGAGUCGGAGCUCAUUGCUCUCAUGCCGAAAGUCGAAGCCAAGGCGAACCUUGUGCUCGCGAACGUGAAAGCCAAGGGCGCGGCGCAGGGCGAGAUCAUGGACGCUGCGACCGAGGCUGUUUUGCGACCGCAGGUGUUCAACGAGGCCUUUGCGCGCGAACUCCUGAGCAUGAUCCAGCGCGUCAAUACGCAAAAGCAUGCAUUGCUGGCCCAAGACGCUCGGUUUCUUGCGAACCCGGACGCCGAGUGCGCGCACCUCGCACGCAUCGACGACGUUGUCGGCGACCGUCUCUUCCGAUCGUGCUCGGUGCCGUGUGGCGUGCUCGAUGGCUUCAUGGGCGACGAGUACAUUCCCUUCUUGCGCAGCGAUGCGCUGCGCCUCCGCAAGCAAGGCAAGCUCCUGCCCGUCGGCCCCCAUGCGAUGCGCUUCUGGACAACCGAGAGCUCGUUGAACGAAGACUUUCCGGCGCUCGCCGACGUCGUCGAGAAGCUGCACAUGCUGCCCUUUGCGCUCAACCGGCAGUUUGACCUUCGGCUCUGCGACGAAACCAAGAUGGAGGUCGCGUGCUCCACGUCGCUGGUGUGCCUCGAGACGGGCCAGUCGCAGCCGCGCCGUCUUGACUGCGGUCCACAUGGCGAUCCUAACGACAAUGGCUACAAGCUCACGUGCGUCUACUGCCUCGGGGGUGACGAAAACGCGUUGGGCGGCGACCUCGAAGUGACGCCGCUCUCGUCCGGUGUCCCGACGGUCGUUGCUGCCAAAACAGACCGGCUAUGGCUCUUCAAGAGCCAAGAGCCCGAUGUUUAUAUGGUGUUUCGUAUCCACGGGAUGGUGCCCUUGUCACCGUAA